AUGGAAAAUACUCCUCCAGGAACUGUGUUUCCUCUGAAAAACACACAGGAUUUGGAUGUGGGCAUCAAUAACACUCAAAACUACACCAUCAACCCCAACUCCCAUGUCCACGUUCUCACCCAAAAUGGCAGUGAAGGCAGAAAAUACCCAGAGCUGGUUCUAGACAAAGCCCUGGAUCCAGAGGAGCAGGCUGAGUUCGGGUUAACUCUCAUGGCAGUAAAUGGCGAGGCUUCUCCCAGAACUGGAACUGCUCUGGUCCUCGUUGAAACCUUGGACAUCAAUGGCAAUGCGCUUGAGUGUGUGCUGUCACUCUAUCAGGUGCAGAUAUCAGAAAACAGCCCCCUGGAAUCCCUUGUUGCCACUGUUUCCGCUAGAGAUUUAGACAUGGGAAUUAAUGUCAAUGACAACGCUCCCGCCUUCACCCAAACCUCCUACAUCCUGUUCGUCAGCGAGAACAACAGCCCCGCCCUGCACAUUGGCAGCGUCACCGCCACAGGCACCAACACCCAGGUCACACACUCGCUGCUGCCGCCACCGAACCCGCACCUGCCCCUCGCCUCCCUAGUCUCCAUCAACACAGAAAACGGCCACCUGUUUGCCCUCCGGUCGCUGGACUACGAGUCUCUGCAGGGGUUCGAGUUCCGCGUGGGUGCCACAGACCGCGGCUUCCUGGCGCUGAGCAGCGAGGCGCUGGUGCAGGUGCUGGUGCUGGACGCCAACGACAACUUGCCCUUCGUGCUGUACCCUUCGUGCUGGUGCCCCGGGCGGCCGAGCCGGGCUACCUGGUGA